UUGUAAACAUUCGAAUGCCUAUGGGCGGGCUUAGAAAUCACUGAAAGGGAAGUUUAAGCGCCAGUGAAACGUAAGCGGUGGUGGUUUUUGCUAGUUGCGUUGAAAAAACAAAACAAAACGAAAGGAAUAUUUGAUUAAGUAAACGCCACAAUUAUUAAAUUUACAAGAAAUAAGAAACAAAUCAACAUCACGCCAUGUCCCACAAGCAGAUUUAUUACUCUGACAAAUAUGACGACGAGAAAUUCGAGUACAGGCAUGUCAUGCUUCCUAAAGAUAUUGCUAAAAGAGUUCCCAAAACUCAUCUCAUGUCAGAGACUGAAUGGAGGAACCUGGGUGUUCAACAGAGUCAAGGAUGGGUGCAUUACAUGAUCCAUCAGCCUGAACCACAUAUCUUGCUCUUCAGACGUCCUCUGCCCACUGUCCAAUCCCAGUGACCCCAGAACUACCAGGAAUGAAAUUCUGAAAAUUAGACAGUCUGGAGAUGUCUGAGAGAUGCUGGUUGCACCCCAGAUCAGAUGGUGUCAAUAUCAUUUGUGCUGCUUUUGACUUCUGCAUUCAUUGUAGACUGUUCUCUGGGUCGGACUACCACAGUGCUUUAUCUCUUCCUUAACUGAGAAAUAGAACUGCACAAUUUCCUACUGCCCCUGUAUUUAUUAUUAUUCCUUAUCAAGCUUAUGUUGUAACGAUUCUGUUUAUGAGCUUCAUUUGAUUAAUUUUUGUAUUGGUGAAUUGACUCUGAAAGGUAUUGGCAGCAUUGGAAAUCGUUUUACAAAGUACUACACAUACUGCUUUAUUAAAAAAAUAAAUCCUUCAUUUUCCAACUUUUAAAGUAACAAUACUGUUUGCACCAAUAUCUCUGUCAUUUGCUAGUAAGCAGCUGAACCUAUUUUUGAUUUACUCAAUGUUUUAAAAAGACUUAAUAUGUAUAAUAUUGUACGUAUGUAUAAUAAAACUAUUUCAGCUAA